GGCCCUGGCCGCUUGUCCCUAGGGUGCCUCCUAGCCUAGAAAAGUCCCCUCUGCGCUCAAAUCCGCUGCGAGUUUUGGGGAGCCAGGGCGCUCCUCGCUCGCGGGGAGCCACAGAAUGACAGCUGAACAGCGGCAGAAUCUGCAAGCAUUCAGAGACUAUGUCAGGAAGACUCUGGACCCCACCUACAUCCUCAGCUACAUGGGUCCCUGGCUCCAGGAUGAGGUGGUCCAGUUCAUCCAGGCUGAGAAAAACAACAAGGGCCCCAUGGAAGCUGCCUCCCUGUUCCUCCAGUACCUGCUGCAGCUGCAGACGGAAGGCUGGUUCCGGGCCUUUUUGGAUGCCCUGUACAGUGCAGGUUACUGUGGACUUUAUGAAGCCAUCGAAAGUUGGGAUUUCCAAAAACUUGAAAAGUUAGAGGAACACAGAUUACUUUUACAGCGUUUACAGCCAGAAUUUAAGACCAGAAUCAACCCAACAGAUAUCCUUCCUGAAUUGUCUGAAUGCUUGAUUAAUCAGGAAUGUGAAGAAAUCAAACAGAUCUGCUUCACCAAAGGGAUGAUGGCAGGUGCGGAGAAGAUGGUUGAAUGUCUUCUCAGAUCGGAUAAGGAGAACUGGCCCAAGGUUUUGAAAUUGGCUUUGGAGAAAGAAAACAGCACGUUCAGUGAACUGUGGAUUGUUGAAGGUUUCAAAAUGGUUGAAAGUAAAGCUGUUGAAGACGAUGACACGGAGACGUCCAGCAUACAGAUUUUCAUACAAGAGGAGCCAGAAUGCCAGGUUCUCAGUCAGAAUCCCUGCACUCCUUCAGAAGCAUUUUCUAAUAAUUUUAAUGGCCCGUUGAAACCAAGAAAUUACCAACUAGAGCUUGCUCUGCCUGCCGAGAAAGGGAAAAAUACAAUAAUAUGCGCUCCUACUGGUUGUGGGAAAACCUUUGUGUCACUUCUUAUAUGUGAGCAUCAUCUGAAAACAUCGCCACAUGGAGGAAAAGGGAAAGUAGUCUUUUUUGCUAAUCAAAUUCCUGUGUAUGAACAGCAGGCAACUGUGUUCUCACGCUAUUUUGAAAGACUUGGGUACAGCGUAGCGGGCGUUUCCGGGGCAACGACUGAUAAUGUCUCAAUGCAGGACAUUAUCGAGAACAAAGACAUCAUCAUCCUCACGCCCCAGAUUCUUGUGAACAGUCUCAACGAUGGAACCAUCCCCUCGCUGUCUGUCUUCACCCUGAUGAUCUUUGACGAAUGCCAUAACACCAGUAAACACCACCCGUACAAUCAGAUCAUGUUCCGAUACCUAGAUCACAAACUCGGAGGGUCGCCAGGCCCACUGCCUCAGGUCAUCGGACUGACUGCCUCAGUGGGUGUUGGAGAUGCCAAAACUGUAGAGGAAGCCAUGCUGCAUAUCUGCAAACUCUGCGCCGCCCUUGACACGUCCGUGAUCGCCACGGUCAGAGACAACUUGGAGGAACUGGAGCAGUUUGUUUAUAAACCCCAGAAAUUUUUCAGGAAGGUGGAAUCACGGACUACCAACACAUUUAAGUCCAUCAUAUCUCAGCUGAUGAAGGAAACAGAGGGACUGGCAAAGAAUGUCUCCGAGGAACUCGGAAAAUUAUUUCAGAUUCAAAACAGAGAAUUUGGCACGCAGAGAUACGAGCAGUGGAUCGUCGCCGUUCACAAAGCCUGCAUGGUGUUUCAGAUGCCGGACAAGGAGAAGGAGAGCAGCAUUUGCAGAGCGCUCUUUCUGUACACGUCCCAUUUGCGGAAAUACAAUGAUGCUCUCAUCAUCAGUGAGCAUGCCCAGAUGAAAGAUGCUCUUAAUUACCUCAAAGCCUUCUUCCAAGAUGUCAAAAAUGCAGCAUUUGAUGAGACUGAGCAAGAUCUUACGCGGAGGUUUGAAGAAAAGCUGGAGGAACUAGAAGAAAUUUCCAAGGAUCCCAGCAACGAGAAUCCUAAACUCAGAGACCUCUACCUGAUCUUACAAGAAGAGUACCACCUAAAGCCGGAGACCAAAACCAUUCUUUUUGUGAAAACCAGAGCACUUGUGGAUGCUUUAAAGAAAUGGAUUGAAGAAAAUCCUGCACUCAGCUUUCUAAAGCCUGGUAUAUUGACUGGACGUGGCAAAACAAACCAGGCAACAGGGAUGACACUCCCAGCACAGAAGUGUGCGCUGGAAGCGUUCAGAGCCAGCGGGGAUAACAACAUCCUAAUUGCUACCUCGGUGGCUGAUGAAGGCAUUGACAUCGCUCAGUGCAACCUGGUCAUCCUAUACGAGUAUGUGGGCAACGUCAUCAAAAUGAUCCAAACCAGAGGCAGGGGAAGAGCAAGAGACAGCAAGUGCUUCCUCCUGACCAGCAAUGCUGACGUCAUCGAGAAAGAAAAGGUGAACAUGUUCAAGGAAAAAAUAAUGAAUGAAUCCAUUUCAAUGCUUCAGACGUGGGAUGAAAUGAAAUUUGAGAAAACGGUUCAACGCAUACAGUUGGAUGAAAAGUUCAUCAGAGAUAGUCAACGCAAGCCACAACCGGCUCCUGAUAAGGAAAAUAAGAAACUGCUGUGUGGGAAAUGCAAGGCCUUUGCGUGCUACACGGCUGACAUCCGAGUGGUGGAGAAAUCCCACUACACCGUGCUUGGAAAUGCUUUUAAGGAGCGCUUUGUGUCUAAGCCGCACCCUAAGCCAAAGAUCUACGACAGUUUCGAGAAGAAAGCAAAGAUAUUCUGUGCCAUACAGAAGUGCUGUCACGACUGGGGGAUCCAUGUGAAAUAUAAGACGUUCGAAAUUCCCGUCAUAAAAAUCGAAAGUUUUGUGGUGGAAGACAUCGCAAGUGGAGUCCAGAGGCGGCACGCAAAGUGGAAGGACUUUCAUUUUGAAAGAGUACAGUUUGACCCUGCAGAAAUGCCCAUAUGAAACGCCAGGCCGUGGUGGUGCACGCCUUUAAUCCCAGCACUCGGGAGGCAGAGGCAGGCGGGUCUCUGUGAGUUCGAGGCCAGCCUGGUCUACAGAGCUAGUUCCAGGACAGGCUCCAAAGCUACAGAGAAACCCUGUCUAGAAAACAAAACAAAAAAAAAAAGAAAGAAAGAAAGAAAGAAAGAAAGAAAGAAAGAAAGAAAUGCCCAAAUGACCUCGGGGCUCCUUAGUCUUGCAGUCCAGGGAGCAAUGAUGACCCAGUCCUGUCUUACACAAGCCUACACCGUGUGGAAUGCCAGAUAACUUGAUGUUUGUUCCAAGCAGUUCUCGUCCACACAGAGCACGUGCACAUGACCUGCAGCACUGAAUACUUUGGUCACCAGUAACUGUGGGUUGGCAGUGGGGUGGGGGAGGGGCGUGUUAAAAACUUCCCUUUUAUACUUUUCAGAACUGCCCAUGAUGGAUGAAGUGCCUGCCACAAGCUGGCUUUGCCCUUAACACUCUACCGAAUUCUGACUUUGUUCUUUUCAAGGCCACCAGACAGACUGUCAAGUCCAAUGGGUACUUUCUGAUUCUUGCAUUGGACUCUUUCCCCGCUUUUGGCUGUCACUCACAUUCUGACACAGGUAUAGGCGACUGCAAGGUUCAAUAUGCACACAUGUGUGUACUGAAGUGACAUAUACCUUUAAAAGUUAGAACACCAUAGCAGACAGCGGAGCAGGUGCCUCUGUUCUGCGCCUUUGCUAUGCAUCUUACUCUAAGAUCUGUCCUAACUGGGGCCGUUUCCCCUCCUUGACUAGACAUCUCAAACCAUCCCUGCCCCCCCCUCCCCCCCGCCUCUCUCUUCCCUUGAGACAGAAUCUCCCUGUAGACCAGAAACUAGAUGUGUGGACCAGGCUGGCCUUGAAUUCACAGUUCCCCUCAUCUCUCUAGUGCUGGGAUUAAAGGUUUAUGUAAUCAUACCAGGCUCUAGCUAUUUUCAAUAAAGUCUAAUGCUUACUUAACACUUGGACUAUUUCUAGUUAAUGCUUUUUUUUUCUUUU